AUGUCCCCAUCUGCGCUUAAAUCAGCACAUGUAGCCACCUCCACCUAUGACAACAUCAUGACACGACAGCUCCUCUCUACCAAGGAUAACAUCCCAGAAGAGCUUGAGGUCAUCUUUGCUGCGGCUAUCAAAAUUGACAACACCCACUGCAAAAACAAGGAGAACCAUCCAAAGAAGCAGUCAGCUAAGUCCUUGGCCACCAUGGCCACCUCCACUAGCCCUAUUAUUCCUCUGCUGACAACCCAUGAUUACACCUGCUACCCCCCAAAUUUGGGCUUGGGCCAGCAUGCAACCACUUGUACUGGUCAUGUGACCGUGUCCAGGACAUCCACCACUACCACCAGGGUCCAACUCCUGGAGGACCCCAACUACGUCACACUGGAGGAAAGGGAUUAUUGGCAAGCCAACAGGUUGUGUGUCAAAUGUGGCCAGAAGGGACAUGGCAUCAAACAAUGCCCCAAUGGCUGGAAGGCCACAAUAAAAGAAUCUGCCAAGGUUGGCCAGGACAAGUUGGAAAAAGAAUAA